ACACCCUCUGACUCUCUGAUCCUAAGAAUUAGAACCCGUUUGGAUUCGUCUUUGCACCAAAAACAAAGACCCAUUCGGCUUCAGCCCAAAAAGCUCAUUGGAUUUGGGGUUUCCUUAAGCACACCAUUAUUUCAUGAAUGAGUGGCAACAGCAAUAUAAGUGAAAGAAUCUCUGUAUUGGCAUCACACUUAACUAGUUCCAGUCCCAUGGCUUCAGAGAAGCAAGCUGCUCUUGCUGCCACUCCCUCUGAUGCUGAUGCUCCCACCAUAUUUGACAAGAUCAUCAAUAAGGAGAUUCCUUCUACUGUGGUUUAUGAGGAUGAUAAGGUGCUUGCCUUCAGGGAUAUAACUCCUCAAGCUCCUACACAUAUUCUUAUCAUUCCUAAAGUCAAAGAUGGGUUAACUGGUCUAUCCAAGGCUGAGGAGAGGCACUUUGAUAUUCUUGGCCGCCUUCUUUACACCGCCAAGGUGGUUGCAAAGCAAGAAGGUCUCGACGAUGGCUUCAGGAUUGUAAUCAACGACGGGCCAAAAGGAUGCCAAUCAGUUUAUCACAUUCAUGUGCACCUCCUUGGGGGAAGACAGAUGAACUGGCCUCCAGGCUAAAAUGUGGGGAAGGAUUCACAGUGAGCCAUGAGAGUAAUAAUGUGGUUGUUAUCUUGUUCAAUAAUGGUUUUGGACAACUAAUAAGUUGCUACAUUUGGUGUACUUAUUGUGAGUAUGUGACAUUUGAUUAAAUUAGAUAACCAGUGUUGGAUGUGUUUAAACUCUUCUGUUGAAUCUAAGAUUCAUUAGGUCUAUCUGAAUACAAGUUAAAAGUGAUUUUAAGAGAUUUUCUA